GAGUUCUAGAAGUUGGUGUCGGAAACCAUAUCGUGCGGACCAGGAACUGAAGUGUUGGUAAACAAAGGAGAGUCUGUAACUUAAAGAUUGGAAAGGGAGAGUUUAUUGUGAUCAGAGACGAAACUGUCGGCGUUUUUAACAGGCUGUACGAUUCGAAUCCGUUAAAUAACAUCUUAUAUCCAGUUUACUAAUGGGUAAGCGAAACACACAACACUGACAUACAGCACACGUCAGUGGACUGCUGGGUCAGAUGAGUUAUAUUGGAGCUAUCCGACUCUGAAAGCGAGGUCCUCAUGCUUAUUGUUACGAGCGGUGUACAUUAGUGCCGGAGGUGUGAGAAGGCCCAGUGUGUGACUUGAGCCUAGAUGUUGGCUGCCAUCACCAGGCCACUAUCAUGGCAUGGGAGGGCAACAAGCUGACACUCAGACGCCUGGAGGCACCUGUACAGAAGUUUGUUAAAGUGGCUCUGCCCACAGACCUGGAAAGACUGCAGAAACACCACAACAAUAUACUGAAGUUUCAACGUGGUCAAGAAUGGGAACGCCUCCACCAAGAGCAUAUCAAUGCCAGCAGAACUGUACAGCAGCUCAGGGCCAACCUCAGGGAGAUGGAGAAGCUGUGUGGGCGUGUCCGCCCUGAGGAUGGCCCCGCCCUGCAGCAGUUGGUCACGCCCAUCAGAGAGCGAGCACUUGCCGCGGCUCAAGACUUCCUCCUUCUACACUCUAACCCCGCCCCCUGCCCCCGUUGGUCUGACCCAUCGUCCACCGGCCACCCCGUAGACCAGGAGGGUGACGAGCCCCCGCCCCUCUGCCAGGCUCAGCUCUGCCUCCCGGAGAUCCCUGCCAAGCAGAACGCUGCAGAGUCCUGGGACAGCCUGGAGGAGGACCUGAAGGAUCUCAGCGGCCUGGUGACGGAGUUCUCCCUGCUGGUCCAUUCCCAGCAGGAGAAGAUUGACAGCAUAGAAGACAACGUCAACACAGCAGCUGCCAACGUGGUGGAGGGGACCAGGAGCCUGGGGAAGGCGGUGGGCUACAAGUUGGCCGUGCUGCCCAUGGCAGGGGCCCUUCUGGGUGGGGUGCUUGGGGGUCCCAUCGGCCUGCUGGCGGGGUUCAAAGCCGCCGGGAUUGCGGCUGCCCUGGGGGGCGGCGCGCUGGGCUUCGCUGGGGGGAGCCUGGUCCAGAAGCAGCGCAAAGCCACGGUGGAGCUGCAGAUGAAGCGGCUGAACGCACCGCCGGACCACAAGGCCCCCGAGAAGAGCGACUGAAGAGACAGUUCUACAGCGGGGUCGGGACACCCGCUCCUCUGUUGGCGACAACAGGGGACGGCUGUCUCAUGAGUCACACUACAGCAUGCGGUUGCUGUGCCUUGGAAAGCAGAGUGGAAGUCAUGGCACUAUCAACACUAACUUGAUUGUUUUUCGUCAACCUCUAUCGUUUUUCUGGAAAGCUUUAGUUAUUCAAUGCAAUAUAUACUUGUAUUCUUCAAGAUUGAUUCCCUCCCUCUUCUGUGAAAUGCUGUCCUACUUUAAACAUCAAAACUAUAGCACUACUUUCAUAUAUGGAUGAGAUUUGAAUAUGUAAAUUAAUAACUGUAUAAAAGUGCCUAACGAGAUCACGUCAUUGAUCCAAACAUGCCAUUAUAAUGCUGACCUUUAAUUGCCAAAUUAAAAUGGAUAUUUUCGACCUU